AUGCUCUAUACAUCCAAAAUAGCUCCUCCUGUGAUCCCUGAUGGCAAUAGUUUGUAUCAUGUUCUACUGGGAAACAACACAAGCGUACCAUCAGACAAGCCUAUCCUUGUUGACAUUGAAGCUCCUUAUAAAACACUCACUCACGGACAACUGAAGAAGCAGAUACUCGUUGCAGCUGCUGGUCUCAAGCGUGUAUUUGAUGUGCAAAGAUCGGAUGUUGUUGCUAUUUGCUCACCAAACCACAUUGAUUAUGUCUCCAUUGUACAUGGUAUUAUCUGUGCUGGUAAGUUUUUACAAACUCAAGAAGAGAGACCCCCUACUCACAAUGGCAUAGGCGCUAUUGCUGCUCCUUUGCAUUAUACAUCGAUGGUCGAGGAUAUCGUCUAUGAUAUCAGGACCGUACAAGCAAAGUAUAUGAUCACUCAUGUCGAUGUCAUAGACAGGGCACUUCUGGCUGCCAGAGAAGCAGGCAUUGAUAAGUCAAACAUUGUCAUAUUCGGCGAUACUGAGGUUCAAGGCGUUCGUGCAGUGAAUGACACCCUUCUCAGAGACAAUCAAGAGGCUGAACCGUUGAUGUUUACUGCCGAGCAGAUGCAAAACGACCCAGCAGUGCUAUAUUUCACCUCAGGCACAACAGGCCGAAAGAAAGCGGUUAUCAGAACACAGAACAAUCUGCUCUAUAGUGCAUUCAAGUCAAAUAUCGAUACAUCUGCUGUGGUGGUCUCUUAUCUGGACUUUAAUCACUCGACAUCCCUUGUGAGCAUCCUGCUCAUGGCACCGUACUAUGGAUACACAAACUACCUGCUCAACCACUACUCAUUCCGCAACUUGUGCGCUGCAAUCGAGAAAUACAAGCCUAGCUUUAUUACUUGCGCGCCCUACGUGGUGUCGUCGUUGAUGAAGGACAGUAUUGUCAAGGAAUAUGAUAUCUCAUCUCUAAAGAUAAUUGGCUGUUCAGGGGCUCUGUUGAAGCAAAAUGUCAUUUUAAAAGCUCAUAAGCAACUUGGCAUUGUCGUCCUGAAUAUGUACGGUCUGACUGAAGUACUUGGUUUGUUCGCUACGACCCCUGAAAUAUCAGUAGGCCUGGCUGGUAUUGGCAUGUUGAACAGCAGAUUUACAGCGAGAAUAGUGGAUGAAGAUGGACAAGAUGUAGCUGUGGGCCAAGUUGGAGAGCUCUUGAUCAAGGGCCCUACAUUAACACCCGGGUACUACAGAAGCUCGGAAAGCAUCAUCGACCCAGAAGGCUUUUUCCAUACAGGCGAUUUGUUUAAAUGCAAUGAAAACGGCGUGUUUUUCUUUUGUGAUCGCUUGAAGGAUCUCAUGAAGUACUAUGGCACUCAGAUUUACCCAGGUGAGAUAGAGGGCGUACUUCUGAAGCAUCCCAAGGUGGCAGACUGUGCAGUUGUGGGUGUCUAUCAACCAGAUGUGGCUGCCGAAUUCCCUCGUGCCUACGUGAUGCUGGUGGAUGGUGAGCCAUCUACGCAUGAAUUAAUUGAUGAAUUGCAAGCCUUCUCUGACAGACAAUUGCCUAAAAAGAAGCGAGUGCAUGCAGGCAUCGUUAUUGUGGAGUCGCUCCCUCGUACAUCAUCGGGUAAGGUUCAACGACGUCUUCUCAGGGAAUCUGCCAACAGCAUUCAAGCACUGGCUUGA